AAAAUGAUAUUAAUUAUUAUAAAUUAUAAUUAUGCUGUUCUUAAUAUUAAAGUAAGCGAAGAAAACAACGGUCGAACAUUGUCCUUAAAAGCCGAUUCUCCAUUAUCAACCUCUGUCUAUGCGUCUCCCUCCCUCUCUCUCUCGAUGAAAGACGCGAAAUGACAAGAAAUAAGCCUACUACUAUUAAUGCACCAUCAACACAAGCAACAAUCCCCGAGUGUUGUAUGUGUGGAGAUUCUGGUCUGUCUCACGAGCUCUUCCACUGCAAAGUCUGCCAAUUUAGAUCUCAACACAGCAAUCUGUAUCCGAAGGCAGAGUAUUACAGAGUAUGUAAUUGGUGUUUACGCGAGAAAGACAAUAACAAGUCCCAGAAUUCUUCGAAUUCUUCAUCAUCAACCAAAGCGAGCAGCGAAGGCGAUACCAAGAGCAAGAAGAGGAACAAUAUACAGGGAGGAUUAAAGGGUCGGAGAGGCAAUUCACCAUUGAAACCCAAUAUCCCCAUCAAGAAAGUACAGAGGUCAUCGCCUGAGCCAUCAUCACCGGAGAAACUGCGAAAAAGGAUCAUCACAAAGAAAGCAUUGGAGGAGAAGAUGAUGAGGAGGACGAGGUCCGCGGAUUCACUGAAUAAUAAUACUGAUAAUGGGAUCGCGAGGAAGCAUGUUUUUAGAAAUAAAGUCAGAAGAUAUGGAAUUAUGGAUGGAUCUUCAGUCUUUCUUGUCAUCCUUGACUUUUCCCAAAGCCAUAAUACUGAGAGUGAAGGGCUUAAGCGUAUACAUUCUGGGCGACCACAUUUGCAUAUCCUCAACAAUCUCUUUUGCAAUGUAAUCAACACAAUCAAUUUAUCAUAAUGGAUUGGCUGCAACAUUUCUACUA